UGUGCCCUCCACUUCUGUGAAAAGCUUCUGUUUCACGGUGUUGAGUAGAUUCGGACCAAAAUAUCUCGGGUGAAGCAAGAUUUCAUGCUCCAAAGAAAUCUGUAAACACACAGAAUUGCUGGUAUUUUAGAGUUUGUGGUGUUCACCGACGUGAUGCUGUGGUUGUUGCUACAGUGAUCUGAUAAAGCUUCAUGUCGGCAAGCUAACGUUCCAGAAAACGAGGCAUCACAGAACCGGAGUCUGACCCAUAGCGGCGAGGAGGAGCAGUGCAUGACGGUGGUAACAGACAGUGGGCGCGACUCAAUACUUGCUCUACGAUUGGUUACUUUGACAGGGCGGCGAUACCAAGGAAGCGACAACCAAACUGUUUUUUAAUUACACUGUUGAUUUUCCAAUUUUCAGGCACCUGACACUGCAACGUCAGUUAGCUCAUAGCGUGUGUUGUAGGUUAGUGUGUAUGUGCUGUUGGUAUCGCGUCCUGACCCUUCCCAGGCGCCGUACUUUCCAGUUCUACAGGACACGGGACGAAUCAGUGAUAAAAACAAACCGGACAGACAGACAGACAGACAGACAGCUUUCUCUCCUGACAGACAUAGCGACAAACCUCAUCUCCAUGUUGUCUCGUAUUUCUGUGUCCACACAGCGCCUCCUGCUCCACGGUCAGGCCAGUCUUCGGUCAUGGGGGAAGGUGGCUGCGUUAGCGCCGGGGAACAGACAGUUGUGCAGCGACGCUUCUUCACAGAACAUUAGUCGCUAUCCAAUCCCGACCAAGAACGACCUGCCUUAUGAUAUCGUUGAGCUUAUGGAGGAAGUCGAGGCAAAGGGAGGCUUUUUGCCAAACGUGUUCAAAGUGCUCUCUCACAGACCAGCUGAGUUCAGAAUCUUCUUCGCUUACUACAACGAACUAAUGAACAAGGAGACAGGAAGAUUAUCCAAAGCUGACCGAGAGCUGAUCGUGGUUGCAACCAGCAUCCACAACAGGUGUCUAUACUGCGUGGUAUCCCACAGUGCACUGCAUCGCAUCUACUCUAAGAAACCCACUCUGUCCGAUCAGGUCAUUGUUAACUAUGAGAACGCAGAGCUGGGUCCUCGGGAGCGUGCCAUGCUGGACUUUGCGAUGGCUGUGUGUCGCAGUGACACCAUCACAGAACAGCACUUCAAGGCGUUGGAGGAGGUGGGCUUUGACCGCGAGGACGCUUGGGACAUCGCUGCUAUUGCUGCUUUCUUUGCCAUGUCCAACCGGCUCGCUCACCUCACUGACAUGAGGCCAAACGCAGAAUUUUACAAUAUGGGCCGUAUGCCACGGGACAAAAGCAAGGACAAAGCAGGGGCAGAUGGCAAGUGAAAAGAGGUGUUUCAGACAAGUUUAUCAUUAUCAUAUGUUAUUGAAUGGUGAAAGGGCAUUAUAAUUAAGUGGGGAAAGGUUACAUGUGUCUCAGGCGAUCAGCUUUUGAAAUGUGUGGUUGUCUUCCAUGACUAAAUCAAUGUAUGCAAAACAUUGCCACAUUUUUACUACCCUGUGUGCUCUAAAUACCAUGAAUAGUUUCCACUUUAUUUCCUUGUUCAUGAAAUCACUUGAAAGAACUCUUUGUCACCGUGUGUCGCUUUGUGUGGUUUUAUGAGCAGCAUUCACUUGUUUUGUAUUUGAAAUCUUAAAAACAAAUAAAUAGAUUAUAUUUUUCUUGGUUUGACACUUCAUUUUCUUACUUAGUUUCGUAAGUGUCUGUCAGCUAUAUGACUGUGUUAAACCACCAGAUGGCAUCACAUCCGAGUGCUGUGGGGUGAGAAGGAGCCUAUCUAGAUCAUUUAUGAUGAAUGCAAAUCUUUAAAUCUUUGAUUGCCACAAUGUCUAGAGCUGAAAUAAAUUGAGAUUUCUGAUUCAUUUCUGUCAGAAAUGUCAUCAUUCUCCCCCCAAAGUUACAUUUCCUUGCAAGCAGCUUACUUCUAGAGCUGACGUCCCCUGUGCUGUGAUACAAGUCAAACUUGACUCGCACUAUUUUAUAUAUUUUUUCUGAGAAAGUGUGUCAUUUCACAUCAGUCUGUGAACAGCGCUCGAGAUCAAUGACAGAUUUCAGUCUGAAGAGAUUCCAGUGAGAAAUCCCAGGAAUAAACACACUCCUCUGACUCUGUA